AUGUGUCCAUAUCUACGCCGCAAAGUUUUACGACUCUUCUUCUAGAAUGGUUUAAUAGUUAGUUCUAACAUUCGAGCUUUAAAAUAUUACUCAUUCCUUCGUCCAAUGGAGUUACCUACUAAGUAAUGACAAAUAGAAAAACCUGUGAUGAGGACAUCAUGUGUUCAAUAUGUAAAUAAAUGUGUUCACCAUAGGUGGGAAGUUUGGGUUUCUGUCACGUAAUUGGAAUGGGAGACCGAGAGAGCUUCUCUCCAGUAGAUGGCCUCUCUGUCGAUGUUCUUGCUAAUUGCUUCAUGUUGUUGUUUUCUUUCGAAGACUGGGCGCGUGUAUGCAGGAAAUGGAGGGAAGCAAUGAAGCAGUCAAUUGCCCAGAGAGAGAAACUCAGCUUUGCUGGAUGGAAAAUGGAUGACAUCUCUAUUGGAAGACUUGUUGAAGGAGCCUAUAGCCUCAAGGAACUUGACAUUUCAAGAGCAUGUUGGGGUUGUCAAAUAACAGACGAUGGCUUGUACAAGAUUUCCUUUACCAAGUGCUGUAGCAAACUUACGUCAGUCUCUAUGUGGGGCAUGACAGGAAUUACUGACAAAGGUGUCUUGCAACUAGUUUCCAGGGCCAGCUCUUUACAACAUCUGAAUAUUGGUGGCACCUUUAUUAGUGAUGAAUCUUUGUUCGCAAUUGCAAGUCAUUGCCCUCAUUUGAAGGUGCUUAUACUUUGGAGUUGCCGCCAUGUAACUGAGAGAGGCCUCUUUGCAGUGAUUAGAGGAUGCCCCAAGCUCAAAUCUAUCAAUAUCUGGGGCAUGAGUAUCUCAUCGAGAUGUUGCAAGGAUUUGCUUACUAUCAAUCCACAUCUCCAAAUAAAGCCCGGAGGAAUACACAUCCAGUUAACACAGGGGCUGAUAUAAAUGACAUGGGUAUCCACAGUUUACCAAUCCCAUGUUGCAGUUCAUUCUCUUGAAUUUGCUGCUAUUGUUCUGUUGGCAGUGGUGCUAUGAUUGAUCAACUGGAAUCUCUUAAUCCAUUCAAUUAAUGUUCAUGUAUUUACACACUGUUUUGUGAUAUUCAUUGGCGAUGGUGGGGGUGCUAAUAUUGUUGGUUGACCUUAAUAUUUAAGGGUUUAUAUAUAAUAUAAGGGCGCUUUAUUGUUUCUGGUAGUCAA